GCGAGAGCGAGCAGAUCCCGUCACCGUGCAAACCGGCGGAGCUGUGGGCGCAAAGCGGCGCGCGGGUGCAGUGGACGGGCACCGGGAGCUAGCCCAGUUGAGCGCGCUCAGUGUCUGAACCGCGACUUCACAGACUAGUGUCCACCCUACUUGCCAACGCUCCGGGAGCUCUCGGCGCCUGGUGGUCAGUGAACAGACGUCCCGGCUGCUGCGCUCCUGGCCCGCGAGGCGUGGCAGUCUCGGCCACCGACCCGGAGGGAACACCCUGCUGAGAUGGGAGCUGCCAGCAGACUGGAUUCCUUCAAGGCCUUGAACUUCAGGACUGUGCUGACAGUCAGCUGGCUGAUCCUGGUUCGCUUCCUUGGGGCCACGGCCACAGUGCCAGCAGAGUGCCCUGACCAGAACCCUGAAUUGCAGCCCUGGAACCCUGGCCAUGACCAGGACCACCAUGUGCACAUCGGUCAGGGCAGGAUGCUGCUGCUCACCUCUUCUGCCACGUUCCACUCCAUUGACAUUUCAGAGGGAGGCAAGUUAGUCAUUAAAGACCAUGAUGAGCCCAUUGUUUUGCGUACACGACACAUCCUGAUUGACAACGGAGGAGAACUUCAUGCUGGUAGUGCCCUCUGCCCUUUCCAGGGAAAUUUCAGCAUCGUGUUGUACGGAAGGGCUGAUGAAGGUGUUCAGCCAGACCCUUACUAUGGCCUGAAGUAUCUUGGAGUUGGCAAAGGAGGUACCCUUGAGUUGCAUGGACAGAAAAAACUCUCCUGGACAUUUCUGAACAAGACGCUUCACCCAGGUGGCAUGGAAGAAGGAGGCUAUUUUUUUGAAAGGAGCUGGGGCCACCGUGGAGUCAUUGUUCAUGUCAUCGACCCCAAGUCAGGCACAGUUAUCCAUUCUGACCGGUUUGACACCUACAGAUCGAAGAAAGAGAGUGAACGUCUGGUCCAGUAUUUGAAUGCAGUGCCUGAUGGCAGGAUCCUUUCUGUCGCAGUGAAUGAUGAAGGUUCUCGAAACCUGGAUGACAUGGCCCGGAAGGCAAUGACCAAACUGGGCAGCAAACACUUCCUACACCUAGGAUUUAGACACCCUUGGAGUUUUCUCACUGUGAAAGGAAAUCCCUCUUCUUCAGUUGAAGACCAUAUUGAAUAUCAUGGACACCGAGGCUCUGCUGCUGCUCGGGUUUUCAAAUUGUUCAAGUCAGAACAUGGGGAAUAUUUCAACGUUUCUUCAUCCAGUGAGUGGGUUCAAGAUGUGGAGUGGACUGAGUGGUUUGAUCAUGAUAAAGUGUCUCCAACUAAAGGUGGGGAGAAAAUUUCAGACCUCCGAGUUGCUUACCCAGGAAAAAUCUGCAACCGUCCCAUUGAUAUACAGGCCACUACAAUGGAUGGAGUUAACCUCAGCAUCGAGGUUGUCUACAAAAGAGGCCAGGAUUAUAGGUUUGCUUGUUACCACCAGGGCCAAGCCUGCCAGAGCUACCGUGUGCGGUUCCUCUGUGGGAAGCCUGUGAGGCCCAAACUCACAGUCAUCAUCGACACCAAUGUGAAUAGCACCAUCCUGAACUUGGAGGACGAUGUGCGGUCAUGGAAACCUGGAGACACCCUGGUUGUUGCCAGUACUGAUUACUCCAUGUACCAGGCAGAAGAGUUCCAGGUGCUUCCCUGCAAAACCUGCACCGCCAAUCAAGUCAAAGUGGCAGGAAAGCCGUUGUACCUACAUAUCGGGGAGGAGAUGGAUGGUGUGGACAUGAGAGCAGAGGUUGGGCUCCUGAGCCGGAACAUCGUGGUGAUGGGAGAGAUGGAGGACAAGUGCUACCCCUACAGCAAGCACAUCUGCAACUUCUUUGACUUCGAUACCUUUGGGGGCCACAUCAAGCUUGCACUGGGGUUUAAAUCAGCACACAUGGAGGGCGUGGAGCUAAAGCACAUGGGGCAGCAGCUGGUAGGCCAGUACCCAAUUCACUUCCACCUGGCUGGAGAUGUGGAUGAAAAGGGAGGCUAUGACCCACCCACGUACAUCAGGGACCUUUCCAUUCACCACACCUUCUCACGCUGUGUCACCGUCCAUGGCUCCAAUGGCCUGUUGAUCAAGGAUGUUGUGGGCUAUAACUCGUUGGGCCACUGCUUCUUCACAGAAGAUGGGCCAGAGGAACGAAAUACUUUCGACCACUGCCUUGGCCUCCUUGUCAAGUCUGGAACGCUCCUUCCCUCUGACCGUGACAGCAAGAUGUGCAAGACAAUCACAGAGGACUCCUACCCAGGGUACAUCCCCAAACCCAGGCAGGACUGCAAUGCUGUGUCCACCUUCUGGAUGGCUAACCCCAACAACAACCUCAUAAACUGUGCAGCUGCAGGAUCGGAGGAAACUGGAUUUUGGUUCAUUUUUCAUCAUGUACCAACAGGCCCCUCUGUGGGAAUGUACUCCCCAGGUUAUUCAGAACACAUUCCAUUAGGAAAAUUCUAUAACAAUCGAGCACAUUCCAACUACCGGGCUGGCAUGAUCAUAGACAAUGGAGUCAAAACCACUGAGGCCUCUGCCAAGGACAAGCGGCCCUUCCUAUCUAUCAUCUCAGCAAGAUACAGCCCUCACCAGGAUGCCGACCCACUGAAGCCCCGGGAGCCAGCCAUCAUCAAGCACUUCACAGCCUACAAGAAUCAAGACCAUGGGGCCUGGCUGCGUGGUGGGGACGUUUGGCUGGACAGUUGCCAGUUUGCUGACAAUGGCAUCGGCCUGACCCUGGCCAGUGGUGGAACAUUCCCAUAUGAUGAUGGCUCCAAGCAGGAGAUAAAGAACAGCUUGUUCGUUGGUGAGAGUGGCAACGUGGGGACAGAAAUGAUGGACAACAGAAUCUGGGGCCCUGGAGGCUUGGACCACAGUGGAAGAACCCUCCCUAUUGGCCAGAAUUUUCCAAUUAGAGGAAUCCAGUUCUACGAUGGCCCCAUCAACAUCCAGAACUGCACCUUUCGAAAGUUUGCUGCCCUGGAGGGCCGGCACACUAGCGCCCUGGCCUUCCGCCUGAACAACGCCUGGCAGAGCUGCCCUCACAACAACGUGACCAACAUUGCCUUUGAGGAUGUCCCGAUUACUUCCAGAGUGUUCUUCGGAGAGCCCGGGCCCUGGUUCAACCAGCUGGACAUGGAUGGGGAUAAGACGUCCGUAUUCCAUGACGUCGAUGGCUCCGUGUCUGAGUACCCUGGCUCCUACCUUACCAAGGAUGACAACUGGCUGGUCCGGCAUCCAGACUGCAUCAAUGUUCCCGACUGGAGAGGGGCCAUCUGCAGCGGACGCUAUGCACAGAUGUACAUUCAAGCCUACAAGACCAGCAACCUGCGAAUGAAGAUUAUCAAGAAUGACUUCCCCACCCACCCUCUUUACCUGGAGGGGGCCCUCACCAGGAGCACCCAUUACCAGCAGUACCAGCCAGUCAUCACUCUGCAGAAGGGCUACACCAUUCACUGGGACCAGACGGCACCCGCUGAGCUGGCCAUCUGGCUUAUCAACUUCAACAAGGGCGACUGGAUUCGAGUGGGGUUGUGCUAUCCACGAGGCACCACAUUUUCCAUCCUCUCAGAUGUUCACAAUCGCCUGCUGAAGCAAACAUCCAAGACGGGCACCUUUGUGAGGACCUUGCAAAUGGACAAAGUGGAGCAGAGCUAUCCUGGCAGGAGCCACUAUUACUGGGAUGAGGACUCAGGGCUGCUGUUCCUAAAGCUCAAAGCCCAGAAUGAGAGGGAGAAGUUUGCCUUCUGCUCCGUGAAAGGCUGUGAGAGAAUAAAGAUCAAAGCUCUGAUCCCCAAGAAUGCAGGUGUGAGUGACUGCACAGCCACUGCCUACCCCAGGUUUGCAGAGAGGGCCGUAGUGGACGUGCCCCUGCCCAGGAAGCUCCUCGGCGCACAGCUGAAGACAAAAGACCACUUUCUGGAGGUGAAGAUGGAAAGUUCCAAGCAGCACUUCUUCCACCUUCGGAACGACUUUGCUUAUAUUGAAGUGGACGGGAAGAAGUACCCUAGCUCAGAGGAUGGCAUCCAGGUGGUGGUGAUUGAUGGGAGCCAAGGACACGUGGUGAGCCACAUGAGCUUUAGGAACUCCAUUCUGCAGGGCAUUCCAUGGCAGCUUUUCAACUAUGUGGCAGCCGUUCCUGACAAUUCCAUAGUUCUCAUGGUGUCAAAGGGAAGAUACAUCACCAGAGGUCCAUGGACGAGAGUGCUGGAAAAGCUUGGGGCAGACAAAGGUCUCAAACUGAAAGAAAAGAUGGCAUUUGUUGGUUUCAAAGGCACCUUCCGGCCCACCUGGGUGACUCUGGAGACUGAUGACCACACAGCCAAGAUCUUCCAAGUUGUGCCCAUCCCUGUGGUGAGGAAGAAGAAGCUGUGAGAACAGCUGUCACUCUGGUGCCUCCCAUAGUAGACUAUAAUGGCAGGGCAGCAAAGGUAGAAUGGCUGGCUUCCCAGCCCCUGUCCAGCAGCUGCCUGGGAGGCUGUGCAUCAGCCCUGAUGGGCAAGGGAAGGAUAUUAGAUACCCCUGGUGCUGCCUUCUGCCCCCACUCAAGUGUCUACCUGCAGCUCUUGGGCAGUGUCGGCCGAUGCUGGAAGUCUUCUCUUUCCUGCAGCCUCUUGGGUGCUUCUCUCUUAUCCGUGCCUCUUUAGUGGGGAUGUGGGGACCAUAUGAGAAGACCUGGACUGUGCUGGCAGCAAUACUGCACUUUGGCAGAGCCUUGCUCACACAGUAGGUACCUGGAAGGCUGCACCACUCAUGGAUUCCAUAGUCACCAGCAGGUGUGUUAGGGAGUGGAUGUAGGGGAAAGAGCCCUGGUCUUAAGUAAAUCUUUGUUCCUAUAAAUGAGGACCAGUCUUCAUGGGAAUAGGAGCUGCUGUGUCAUCAGAGCUCCCCAAGAUGGGACUGAGUACCCCUGGGAAGAGGCGAGCCCUGCUUCUGGAGGUGUCCCACCUUUCAGGAGACUUUGGCUGACACACUGGGACUUGGUUCUAAGAAUCCAGAAGCCUAUGGUUUUUUACUUUGUACCCAAAACUCAGCAGUAGAUGAUUCUUUUCAGCCAUGUCCAUGAUGUAGGGCAGCCUGGGGCACCCAGGAUGGAGAGAAGAGAACACACCUUGUGGAGAGGGGUUUAGGGAAGUGGGUCAAACAGCCAGGUCUAAGUGCACUCUGAUUCCAGGCAAAGAAGCCCAAGAGAGGUGAGAUAGAGGUGAUGACAGUUGAAAGAAAGGAACAUUUGUACCUGCCUGGGUGGGUCUAGAAGGCGUCUCACCCCAGGAAGCAGCAGCACUUGCAGAAAGGAAGGGCAAGGCUUUUGUUGGACAGAGGCAGGGAGGCCUCUGUAGUGUUUCAGAGGUGGAGUCUUCCUGCCACCACCUGCUGAAGCUGGGUGAUGAAGGGUCACCCUUUUCCUUCUGCUAGCUGACCCACUUGUGACAGAGAAGCAUAGUCAGAAGGGAAGAAUGGUCUGUGCUUGUGAUGCCAAGAGCCCUGUGAAAUUCAGUCCCAGCCAGUCCCCUGAUGACUCCAAGUGAGUCAUUUGCACUUCCUCCAGGGAAUUGAGCUGGGAGACUCAGGAGACCCAAGAGAGGUCAUGUGUCAAUAAGCCUGCAACUUCAGAGCUGGAGGAUGUUGAGAACCAUCAAGUUCAAAGCUUUCAUCUCCCAGCUGGGGAAAAUGAAGCUCUGAGAUGGGGAAGAACCACACAGGCAGGGCAGGGCCCAGGGAGCCCACUCCCAGCACUUGUGCCAUACCAUAUUGCCUCCACAACCAGCCAGGAUGCUAGUACUCCUGAGUAGCUUCUGGAAAGGGGACAAGUCCCUUGAAGGAAAGAAAAGAAUCAGAAUAGAAUGAUUUUUAGCUCACAGCUGUUUCCUUCCUGCUCCUCUGCACACACAAACCUACCCUGUUCCUGGUGUUGUGGUCCCUGCAGCCUGCACCUUGCCCCCACUGCCUGCCAAACCACACUCGGGCACAUGGUGGCUGCAGGAACCCCCUUGGUGCUACCUGUUUCUGCAGUUCUGCAGGUGCAGCCCAGUGGAUGGCAUCAGAAUGUGCCAACAUGUUUCUGGUGAGCAACUUGGUUCAUGGUGGGGAUCUGAAGAACUGUUGGCUCCAGCCUAGGGUCUCUCAGCUACUGCUCAAUAUCCUGCUCUCCCCCUUUCCUACUUGGGAGAGAACUCAGAGAGCCCCUGGAUGAGGAAAACCUUUAUCUGUGGUCUAUACUUGCUCAUGAGGCACCAGGGUCUCCCUGGGUCUCACAAACUACCUUUGUCCCAUUUUCUGCCCCAAUUACAAACUCUUUCCAUUAAAGAGGGCUUGCUGGACUCUUUCUGCCCAGUUGCACCCAUGAGACUUGGUCCCAGAGCCCGCUCCAAGGCUGAGCCAACUGCCAGAGGGAUCAUUCCCAUUAAACUGGUCUUCCAGUUGCUGGGAGAUGACAAUGGGACCCUGUCUCUUAAGACAUGGCUACUCCAAAUGCCAAAAUCACAGGAAGGGCCUCUUUUGGAUAGAUGAGUGAUAGUAGAGUUAAAAUGACCUCAUGCCCUUCCUGUUUACAGUUUGGUUGAGUUUCAAACUCUUUCAAUGUAAGGGUCUCACACUGUGAACCACUUAGGAUAAGAUCACUUUCAGGUGGCCAGGAAUGUUGAAUGUCUUUGGCUCAGUUCAUUUAAAAAAAUAAUCUUUUGGAAAGUUCUCAGAGUUGUAUAUACAUUCAGUAGCACAGGAUCUGUACAUAAAACUUUCUCUCCCAAACCAUUCAGCAAGAGUCAAUGUCCAGGAGUUUUCUUGGUAAUACAAAUCCCCUUAUUGCUUAGAAAAUUGUUUUUGUUGUUCUGUUUCUAAGUGUUACAGUUGAGUAAGGCCUUUAAAGAAAACAGCAGUCCUCUAAAAUACGUGUCUUUUUCCUGUUGCCGAAAUAGCUGGUCCUUUUUCGGGAGAUGGAUGUAUAGUGUGUUCUGUAUGUAAACAUUUCUUGUAGGUGUCACCAUGAACAAAGAUAUAUUUUCUAUUUAUUUAUUAUAUAUGUGUUUCAAGAAGUCAAUGUCAGAGUAAUGAAUUGUCUUAAGUGUCAUGUUGGGGAUGUCCUUUGGACUGCUUGGAAGAAGUACCCAGAGCCAAGAGAUCAGUUCUUGUUCACAAAACCUUGCUGUACCAUGGUAAACACACAAAAGAUGUCACCAUGUUGUCUGCUUAUUUUGUUUUCCAUUAAAAUGGGCCUCACUGUAAUUCAGUUCUCUAAGAAAAAUAAGAUUAAUGAAAUCAUCCUGAGUCUUUCUCUCUUAUUUCUAUGGCCUAAGUCUCACGAACUAUUUCCAUGUCAUACUCCUACCUUGUUCCCAUCCCAAG